AUGGUAUCGAUUGGAAAUCAAACUGGUCCCAAAAAAUAUAAACUUGAUACUAUUACAAAUAUAGAAGUUAAAGAAUUCUUCAAUAACAAGGAAAUAGAAUCUUUUAAAACUUUUUACGAAGAUGUUCAAUACAUACCCAAAGAAAUAUACGGAAACUCUUUUUUUUUAGUCAAAAACAAAAAAAAUGAUAUAAGUUUUAUGAAAAAAAAUAUAUUUCCAACCAAAUAUAAGGAUCAAGGUCCAAGUUUUAGUUUACCAACAGGUUGUCACGCCAAUAAGAAUGAACAAUCAGUCAGGAAUAAAAUUAUAGAUCAUGUUUUUGAACAAUAUUUCAACGAUUUUUUUGAAAAAGUAUUGGCAUCAACAAAUGACUAUUUAAAUUAUCGUAAAAAAUUGGCUAGUUUAAAAGAAGUCGAAGCUCCAUGGUUUUUAACAAAUAUUUCAUCAUUUUGGAAAAAACCAGAUAGCCUUAUUGGUUUUUCAUUUUAUAAUCCCACCAUUUCAGGUCUUAUGUCCUUUGCUAAAUAUAAAAUAAUUCAUAGAUGUGUUCACUUUGAAGGUUUUGGUACAGAUGAUAGACCAACUGAUUUAGGUUUUAUCUAUGAAUAUGUCAAUAAAUUAAUCAAGAACUUGUACCAACCAGGUGAAUUUUCUUUUGAUGAUGAAUAUAUUUAA